AUGAACAAGAAGUAUCAUCCUGGUUUAUUAUUCCUGUCAGAGACAAAGAACAAGAAAUCAGUGCUACAAGGCAUUCAAGUGGAUUUAGGAUAUGAUAGUCUGUUUACCGUCGAGCCUCAUGGCUUAAGCGGUGGUUUAGCUUUACUUUGUAUGGACGAGUUCCAAGUUAAUGUAAUAUUUUCAAACAAUCGUAUGAUCGAUGUAGAAGCAGUUGUUGAUGGAAAUAAAGUUUUUAUCACCUUUGUCUACGGUGAUCCUGUUCAAGACCGUAGAGAAUUGGUGUGGGAACGUCUUACGCGUUUCGCUAUAAACCGUCAUGGACCAUGGUUUAUGAUAGGAGAUUUCAACGAGAUCUCAGGACACCACGAGAAACAAGGAGGAAGAAGAAGAUCCGAUGCAUCUUUCCUCCCUUUCAACCAAAUGUUAAACGAUUGUGGUAUGCUCGAAUUUCCCUGUUCCGGAAACCAACUCUCUUGGGUUGGCAGAAGAAAUCACUCUCAGGUGCGAUGCCGACUCGAUCGCGCUAUAGGAAAUGAAGAUUGGCAUGACAGCUUCCCUCAUUCUAAUGUCCAAUAUCUAAGAAUGUGCGAAGAAAUCCCUGCGGUGGUGCAAGAUGGCUGGACCUCCUCUCUCCCAACAGACGCUAAUAUAAUGACUAGAAUUACAAGCGUAAGACGAGCGCUAGGAAGAUGGAGGAGUCAGAAUGAUCAUAAUGCCGAAAAGCACAUCACGGACCUUAAAGAGAGACUUGACUCCUUAUAUAGCGAUGAUGGUGCCACCUCUGAGGAGAUAUCAGAAGCCACAAAGGAUCUCCAUGAAGCCUUAAAAUCAGAGGAACUUUUCUGGAAACAGAAAAAGCAGGGUCUUAUGGCUUCGAGAAGGAGACCGAAACUCAAAAUUCUUCCACGCAGCGACCAAACAACGACGGGCAAGAAACCGCAUUACCAGACUAAUUGA